UGGCCUUAACCUCCUGGUACAGAGCGUCAACAGGUAGACCUGGGAGGGUAAAGGUAGCUCGAGGCUGUAAGCAUAGAGCUAAAUCUUUUUAGGCUUUAGUUAAAUUGCACCUCUGAGCUGUUUCGUCAGGACGAUAUUGUGAGACAGUAAACUGGACCUCGCUGCCUUAUUUUGAAGGGUACAGCGGAUGUCUUGGUCAUGAUUGCUAGCUUGAUGUUAUGGAGCUGCUAGUGUAUCGGACAGCUACCCUGGUGUGAACUUUAUUUCAGGCGCUAAAGACCUCCAGUCCCCCUUUGUUCCAGUUUAGAAGUUUGAGUGAUUUCGGUGAACAUGGCGGACCGGGAGGAGCGCCGGUUCGCCGAGGUUUCCCGGGAGUCUGUCAGACUGAUGGCGGAGGGCGCAGGUGUGGAGCUCGGUGACGAUGUGGCGGCUCUGCUGGCCGAGGACGUGUGUUACCGACUCAGGGAGGCCACGCAGAGCAGCUCUCAGUUUAUGAGACAUGCCAAGAGGAGGAAGCUGACGGUGGAGGACUUCAACAGAGCUCUGCGCUGGAGCAACGUGGAGGCCAUCUGCGGCUAUGGAGCCCAGGAUGCGCUGCCUUUCCGUUCAGUGAAAGAAGGCGAGCUCUUCUUUGUUGAGGAUCGGGACGUCAAUCUGGUCGAGCUGGCGCUGGCUACCAACAUCCCCAAAGGCUGUGCUGAGACCAUGGUGCGAGUCAAUGUGUCAUACCUGGAUGGUAAAGGUAACCUGGAGCCUCAGGGUACAGUUCCUACAGCAGUACAGUCUCUGUCAGAUGACUUACUGAAGUACUACCAGCAGAUCACAAGGGCCAUCUUAGGAGAGGACCCGCAUCUCAUGAAGGUGGCUCUGCUGGACCUCCAGUCUAACUCCAAGAUUGCAGCCCUGCUUCCGUACUUUGUUUAUGUCAUCAGUGGAGUAAAGUCGGUAAGCCACGACCUGGAGCAGCUUAACAGACUAAUGCACAUGGUGAAGAGCCUGGUCCAGAAUCCCUACCUGUACCUGGGCUCGUAUGUACGCAGCCUGGUCUCCAGUGUCAUGUACUGCAUCCUAGAGCCACUGGCAGCCUCCAUCAACCCACUCAACGACCACUGGACUCUCAGGGACUACGCUGCCCUGCUCCUCAGCCACAUCUUUUGGACUCAUGGUGAUCUGGUAAGUGGUCUCUACCACCAGAUCGUGCUGUCGCUCCAGAAGGUUCUGUCUGACCCAGUGAGACCACUGUGCUCCCACUAUGGAGCUGUUGUGGGCCUCCAUGCUUUGGGAUGGAAGGCUGUCGAGCGCGUCCUCUUUCCACACCUUCCUGCGUACUGGGCCAACCUCCAGGCUGUGUUAGAUGAUUACUCUGUGUCCAACGCCCAGGUGAAAGCUGACGGACACAAGGUCUACGGAGCCAUCCUGGUGGCAGUGGAGCGCCUGCUAAAGAUGAAGGCGCUGUCUCUGUCGCAGUCAGCAGAGGGACACUCCGGUGCUCAUCCGGGUUCUGUGGUGGGAGCUGCGAGCUACAGGGUGAACUCUCCGGGACUCAGCCCACCUCCAGAGCCUCUGUCAGAAGCUGCCCUUGGAAUUGCCAGCCACCUCCAGGUGGGUGGGGCCGGCUGUCACUGGGAGGAGUGGACCCCCGUCCCUCUCCCCGCCAUGUACUGUGAGCUUUACUCCUUCUUCGGCGACAGCCUGGCUGUCCGCUUUAGCACAGGACCAGGAUUUGGCACCCACUCGCCCUGCGCUCCAUCCCAGCUUAGUGACUCCAGGAAGGAACCUCCCGGCCCCGCCUCCAACCUCGACACCACCCGGAAGAUGCCACAGCUCACCGCCAACCUCAACAUCAGCCCCAGGCAGGACGGGAGUCCGCGCACCGAUCCACCUCCGCCGAGUCUUUCAGGCACAGGGUCAGUUAGGGCUGUGCCUCGUGCCUCGUCUAUGCAGCGCUCCAAAUCCUCCUCAUCAUGUUCACGCCAACGUUCAGCUGGUCUGUCUCGUGAAGUGUUCCCCAAAGCUCGCUUCACCUCACCUCAGACCACACCUCCUGCAUUUUCCUUUCCAGACAAUGUUUGCAACAACUCCGCCUGUUUCUGCUGUUCCACCACGUACCUAUGCACACAAACUGCCCGUCAUCGGCAGGGUGGGCAAACCUGUACGUCGCUGGACAUGUUCACAUUACUCCCUCCACCUGCCUCUAUAGUGUGUGCGUGUGUGCGUGUGUGUGUGUGUGUGUGUGUGUGUGUCACAGACUGUAUGAGCUAACAUUAGUCUGACUGCUGCAGACUCUUCCAGGCACACGUUGCUCUGAUUAAGCUGCUGGAGUUUUUAGGGGAUGUUGUCAGUAAAGAGGCAACACAGGGCUAAGCUGCCACUCACAUGUAUGAACAUACAGAUGAGGCCCAAAGAGAUUCUAAACAUGCUAAUUAAACAGCUAGUCAGUAUCUGAAUGUCAGCAUCUGGGAAUGAGAGCAUGAAAUGUAGCACGUGACAGCUUGUUGGGCCUCUGCUGCCUUGCACGUCUCCACAGUUACUGCCGGGCCUGUUUAGCCUCAGCUCACUCAUGCUGGUGGGAAAUCUUUACUGCAGUCGCCAAAUGAUCAUUCUGCCAAUAUUUCAUUACUGCUUCAUUUUUUAAUUAAUCUGUUAUUCUUGUAACAAAUCAAUUUGUUUACUCAAAGUCAGUUUUGGUCCCUGUAAAAAGCAACAGCUGGAUGUGCUGCAUGCAUGUCAGGACCAGCACGUUUGGAUCACAGCGCCGACGUGUCUGCUGCACUUUCAUUGGAGAAUGGACAAAAUCCUGCGAUGUGUGUGGAGCAGAGGGAACUGUGAUCUUCCCUAAAUAAAUCUUUCAAGUUGA